ACUUUCGUGAAUCAAACCGAACAUGCAAUCGAACGAACAUUCCAAAAUUAAUCCACUGGCAAAAAUGAACCGAACGAUAAUUUAGCAAGGUCACUAAUUCUCCCUCCGCGCAGCUCCGAUCAUUGCAGGGGAAUACCAUGGCGGCUCUAGAUGCGAUUCCCCUUCUCACUCCUUACACGAUGGGAAAGUUUGAGCUCUCCCACAGACAGAAUUGUUCUGGCGCCAUUGACAAGGCAGAGAUCCUACAGAAACCUUCCACAGCCACAUGCCAUCUUGUACUACUCUCAGAGAACUUCCAGAGGUGGCCUCCUGAUCUCUGAAGCGGCCGGAGUUUCCGACACUGCUCAAGGGUACGCAGACUGUCCUGGCAUUUGGACAAGAGAACAAGUGGAAGCAUGGAAGCCAAUAGUGGAUGCAGUCCAUGAGAAAGGGGGCAUCUUUUUUGUCCAGAUUGGGCAUGUUGGAAGAGUUUCCAGUCACGAUUUUCAACCCAAUGGACAAGCACCUAUUUCAUGUACUGACAAGCCAUUGAGUCCUCAAAUAGGGGUUAACGGCAUUGAUGUUGUGAACUUCUCUGCUCCACGGAGGUUGCAGAUAGAAGAAAUUCCUUUGCUUGUCAAUGAUUUUAGAGUUGCUGCUAGAAAUGCUAUUGAGGCCGGCUUUGAUGGAGUUGAGAUUCAUGGGGCUAAUGGGUACUUGAUCGAUCAAUUCAUGAAGGACCAAGUGAAUGAUCGUAUCGACCACUAUGGUGGAAGCCUAGAUAACCGAUGCCGCUUUGCCUUAGAAGUAAUUGAUGCUGUGGUGGAUGAAAUUGGACCUGAUAGAGUGGGAAUAAAGCUCUCUCCUUUCACCAACUAUUACGAAUGCGAGGACUCCAACCCUGAAGCUCUUGGACUACACAUGGUCAAUGCAUUGAACAAACAUGCAAUUGCAUAUUGUCACAUGGUGGAUCCUUGGCAGGCAAGAGCAGGAGAAGUUCCGUGCAGUCUUCUUCCAAUUAGGAAAGCAUUCAGAAAAACUUUUAUUGUCGGCAGGAGAUACACUAGAGAAAGCGGCAAUAAGGCCAUUUCUAGUGGUUAUGCAGAUCUGGUGGCUUACGGGCGACUAUUUUUGGCUAACCCUGAUCUUCCACGACGAUUCGAGAUGAAUGCUCCACUCAACAAGUAUAAUCGCGGAACUUUCUGCAUUUCUGAUCCUAUUGUUGGAUACACAGACUAUCCAUUUCUUGAAUCUGAUUCAUGACUUCCAAACUAUAAAAAUGUUGUAGGUGUGGGAUGCACAUGUGAAUUCCACUGCUACUGUCUACAGAUUUUGUAUGAACUCCAGGAAAGUCAAAAAUAAGUCAUGGAAAAUGAAGCCAAA